GGAAAGCAACUUUUAGUACCGCCAGAUUUAUGAACUGUCUAAUGGUGGAGGGUUUACCAUCAUGAGCUCACAGUCUUCUCUGAAUGAUAUAUCGAAUGCUAUCAGACAAGAGAUUAUACGAUUCGAAAGUGUUCAUCCAAAUAUCUAUGCUAUAUACGACCUUAUUGACGCAGUUGAGGAUAAAAACUUAGCGGAAUCAUUGCGUCAGUUAGUUGUGUCAAUUGAAGACGCAUUCGUCAAUAGUCAGGAGUGGACACUAAGUAAUGGUGUUCCAGGUAUAAAACUGGGGCUUCUUGGUUCUGUUCAAAGUGGGAAGUCUGCCUUAGUACAUCGUUAUCUCACAGGAGCGUAUGUUCACGAUGAGUCGCCAGAAGGUGGAAGAUUUAAAAAAGAGCUAUCUUUGGACAACCAGAGUCACCUGCUUUUAAUUCGUGAUGAAGGCGGUCCGCCCGAUCUUCAGUUUAGUCAAUGGGUCGAUGGAGUUAUAUUUGUGUUUAGCCUUGAAAACAUAGAAAGUUACCAAGUAGUCUAUGACUACUAUGCUCGUCUUUCAACUUACAGGAGUACCGCUAGUUUACCCAUAAUUCUUGUUGGGACUCAAGAUUCGAAUUGUGAGCCAUAUGUGCGUGUGAUAGAUGAUGCUCGUGCUCGAAAACUUGCCAAUGAUCUAAAGCGUUGUGCGUAUUAUGAGACAUGUGCUGCUUAUGGCCUAAACGUUGAACGUGUUUUUCAGGAUGCAUGUCUAAAAAUACUUCAGUUACGUACCUCUGGUAACUCACCUGUCCCAAGACCUAUCACACCCCAGAUUUCAUCGAAUUCACAACAGAGAGCAUGUGCUAAUAGUCCUGUUGAAUGUGUACCAAUUGUUGGAAUAAGUCAAUCACAACAGUCUCUGUUUUCGAAUGUAGUGAAUGCUCGCGAGGGUCCUCUCCUGAUGAAAAACCCCGAUUCUGGUUUACACCAAACUCUUUUGCAUCCUACCAAACCUAAUCUGCUUAGCAUUGCAAAACACUCCUUAACAUUGGAUUUCCGACCAUCUGAGCGCGAUAAUUUCUUCGCAGAUGUCAAACCUAUUCGAGCUAAUAUUUCUACUACUGAUCCAGCUGAAGAUUGGGCUACUCAUCCAUUUCUAUUGGACGAAAGGCAUCAGCAUCCUCUAUUCCGUUGUCCAGAGUACGUACCAACGGAGUAUGCUGAAAGCAUAUUUCAAUCACCUUCUCCUCAUGUCUAUUCAGAAUAUAGCGGCAAAAUUCCAUAUCCACCUAGUACUUCUGAUAAUGGAGUUUCUACACCACAACCUCUCUCUGCACCUGCAGCUUCCGCUAUCGGAUACUCUCCAUUUAAUGUUUCACCAAACUUUCCAUCAGGCACGCUUGCUGCUGCUAGUAGUGUAUCUUCUAUUGGAUUAGGGGUUGAAGCACAAAAACGUAAUGAAGAUGAGCGUGAACGAGAGAAGAAAUUGAAUGGAAUCGGAAGUGGACGUGCGAUUCCACUAAAGCAAGGAUUUUUGUACAAACGAACUUGUAAACCAUUAAGUAAAGAAUGGAAAACUAAAAAGUAUGUCACUUUAACAGAUGAUGCUCGUCUUACUUAUCAUCCAAGUAUUCAUGAUUAUAUGGAUAAUUCACAUGGUAAAGAAAUUGACUUAAGUAGAACAACCGUCAAAAUUCCUGGUGUAGCAUUUCGUCAAGUUGGAAGUCGUAUAACAAGUAAUGGUCUGUUGCGAAGUCAAUUAAAUGAUGGUGGUACAGAUCGUCGAUCAACUGGCGUAGAUGUUAAGAAUCCUACUGAAAAUUCAGCCCCUAUUAAUGAUAAUUCAGCAUCAGGAGGCAAAGAUUCAUCAUCAGUGAAAAAACGUCAUCGACGUAUUAAAUCUAAUCCAAAGAGUAAUAAUGCUGAUGGUUCAGAUUCCGAAGGUUAUGAAUUUCAGUUGAUAUCAAUGGAUCGUCAGUGGCAUUUUGAAGCGACUGGUCCAGAUGAACGAGAUGAAUGGGUUAUGUAUAUUGAACGUGCUAUUAUGACAAGACUUCAAUUAAAUGAAUCAUCUAAACGUACUCGUGCUAUUGCUGCUACUGGGUGUACUACAGGAGGUGGUGGCGCUAGUGGUUCCAACCACCUUUCCAAUGUUAGUGGAUUAGGUUCAGGGAGUGGUCGACAUGGUGAUUCCAACAGUCUUAAUUCUAGUCGUUGUGGUGCAGGUGAUGCUAAUGAAUUAGCUGUUACAGAACAUUUAAUUCAGAGUAUAAGAUCUGCAGCUGGAAAUGAUUUUUGUGCAGACUGUGGUGCACCAGAACCAGAUUGGGCAAGUCUUAAUUUAGGCGCUAUGGUUUGUAUUAGUUGCAGUGGUAUACAUCGGCAACUUGGAACACAUAUUUCACGUAUACGUUCUUUACACUUAGAUGAAUGGUCUACUGAAUCUGUCACUGUAAUGAGUGCUAUUGGUAAUACAUUAGCUAAUUCUGUUUGGGAAGCUGCUGCACCUGUAAAUGCUGGGAAUCUACGGAAACCAGAUCCUUCAAGUUCACGAGAGGAAAAGGAGAUGUGGAUUCGAGCUAAAUAUCAACAUCGAGAAUUUCUGCCUCCAUUACCCUAUCCUGAUGCUCCACUUCAACGACAGUUGAUUGAUGCAAUAGCUCGUCAAGAUACACGUCAAGUUAUACUCUGUCUAGCUUUAGCUACACCUGAAACAGUCAAUGCAGCUUAUUCACUUCAAGAUCCACGAGCAGCUAUACACAUUGCUGCUACUCUCGGAAAUCUAGUUUAUUUACAGUUGCUUUUAUGGUACAAUGGUGAUCCAACUGUGACAGAUCAUGAAGGAAGAAAUGCAUUCUAUUAUGCUCAUUGUUCAAAAAAUUAUGAUUGCGCUGAUUUCCUGUUGCGAAAUAGUUGUCCAAAACAACUGGUACCACCUAUUCCUCCUAAUAAUAUGCCUUCAACAAUUCGUUCUUCACAAAAUAUUAUGCCGCAACAAAUUGUUCAGUCACAUUCCAUAAUUCAUGGACCUUCAAUAUCAACUGGGCUUUCAUCUGGUGUUGCAGACAUAAAUAUUAGUAAUAGUAUAAACUCAGGUCUUGUACAACCUCAUCAUUUUUCACAUCUUCAGCAACAUCAGUCCUCUGCUGCUGUUGUCGCUUCUGAAGUAGGAACUCAUUUAAGCGGACAAUUACCUUCUUAUCAUCCUAUGACCACGGGUUCUGUAACAGCAAAUCAGCAACUAUCUCAAGUUGUAGGAUCAAAUCAUCCACUUGUAUCGGCUUCUGGAAAUAUGUAUACAGGAAAUGUGAAUCAAGCUUUAGGUGCUACCCUUCCUCGUCGGCGUGCCCCAAUAGGUCCAUUUCCUCCCGGUGCAAUACCUCCUACUCUUCAACCAUUUCCACGACCAAAUAUACAACAACAAGUAUCAGUUAGUAAUACUCAUCGACCUACCUCUUCAGUUAUUCAGUCAGUUACUCGCCCUAUAACACCGAAUGCUAUGCUAAGAACAUCCUUGGUUAGUUCAUCACAACCACCUCAUACACGUUCAGCAUCAAAUACUGCUGCUACACUGUCCCAACCAUAUGUUUCUACUAGUCAAGAAGUUGGAUUGUAAGCUUUAUAAAUACCAUCAAAUUUAAUUUGUUAUUGCCCAUCACCUCCAAUUGAUUUCUUUCUUAUCAUCUUACAUUGUAACAAAUUGCAUUUACUUCAAUAAAUAAACGCUAUUUAAAUACAAUUAUACUGUAAACUUUUAAAAGUUUGUCUUCACUCUUACCCAACCUUCCUGGAAAAAGAACAUUUCGUGCAAUAUUAACAAUAAACCCAUAUAUUCAUUUAUAACAUUGUCUUCCAGUGUACUAAAAUAAUGAUUAUUAUUAUUAUUAUUAAUAACAUACUUUUAAUUGCUUAUCCCUCAGGAUAUAUUCAUGUCUGAAACUGUUUUUGUAUGGAUACUUUUACACAAUUACUACUACUACUCAUACAAAUUGGCUUCCUAUUGCGCUUUUUACUCUUUGUGCAAAAAAUGUAAUUCAAGUUGAAAUUAACUAGACAUCAAUUAUAUUUACUUCAAUUUAAUUGUUCAUAUUGUGCUGUAUGCAAACAUAUAACUAUGUAUUGUCUAUGCAGAGUUGUUUCUUUUCUUCCAUUCUCCCUCUCUCUCUCUCUCUCUUUCGCUCUCUCCCCCCCACCCUUUAAAUAUAUGUACAUGGCUAUACAAAACCUAAGUAAUUGAUUGUUUUCUAAAUAUAUUUAUUAUAAUUAUUUUGUCGUUUACACACCUUGGUUAAUAUAAAUAUCCCAGUAAUAAUCCUUUUUUUAAAUAAUAAUAAUAAUCAUACAUUAUAACUGUAAUAAUAAGUAUUACUGAUUAAUACUACUUAAUUGAUUCAAUGUACAUUUGUUAUUCGUUUAUCAUUUUGUGUCAAUUGUUUGUUUGUUUGUUUGUUUUUAGAAGAAAAAAAAAAGUUUAUUUGUACAGAUAUCAUUUCUCUUCUAUCAUAUUAUGUUCUAUUUAUUUGAUUAUGGAAUGUACUUACAUUUGUAUGUGUAUUUUGUAUAAGUGUGUGUAUGUGUAAGUGUAAGUGUAAACGUUUUUUGUGCCCUGUCUGACUAUUUAUUUAGUUUAACCUUUCUAUUGUAAGUAACCUUUAUAUUAUUUUCUCCAUUAUUAUUAUUAUUCUUAUUAUCACCAUCAUUCAAUUGUGAAUAUGAGAUUACUUGUUUUUCUAUGAUAAUGUUGGUUGUUUUUUUUAAAGUGCAAAUAGGUUAAUCCCUAUUGAAAUAUAUACCUAUUUACUCUAAUGAUUUAACAUAAAACUUCUUGUUUUUUUUUUCUCUUGGUUCUUGUUUGUUUUUCUUUGUUUUGUUUAGCUUUUUAAUAUUGUAUGUACGUUCAAUCAUUGUAUUUGUCUGUUUGUUUGUUUGUUUGUGUGUUUGUUUUUUCAUUAAAUAGUAGAUGUACUCUACUGAGUAUUUGUAAUUUGUAAGGAUGAAUAAAAAUUAGGAUACAUGAUCUAUUAGUUAGAGUAUUUCACAUUCAUUUUCAUUUCAAAUAGUUGAGUAAUAGUAUCACAAAUCUGUUUUCCUAUCCGUUGUAUAACUAUAUACUUGGUUACCUAGUUAAGUUCAUUGAUUUAUUUAUUUAAAGAUAUAAAUUACAUGUUCACCGAUUGUACAUCGUCAACUCCAGCAUAUGAUUAGUG